GCACACUGGCAAAAUACUUUUCGGACGAAUUCAAUCUGGAACUAGGUGGUUAUGAAGUUACUGUGGGAACUCCAGCGCGAGCAAAGAUGCAUGCGACCACCUUUGCAACCCAGCUUUGUCAGGACAAUCUCCGAGAUCAGGAAUCGCUUCGUGCGAAGCUCGCCCGGUGCUGGGGUAUAAAGAUGAAGGCUCAUUGCCCAAUUCCUGAAUGAUGGCACAGUCACCCGGCUGAUUCAUUCAUUGUAAAAGGCCAAGUACCGGCGACAUCACUUACCUCUGUGACGAGUCUUUCUCCAGCUCCCACAACAACAAGCUACCUGCAACCUAAACCCCACUCACCGACAUGGCUACCAACACGUUAAGACCUCUGACUGUCUACGGCCACUGGGGUGCGCCCAACCCGAUCAAGAUACGCAUCAUCCUGGACGAGCUUGAUAUUCCGUAUGACUGGCGUAUUGUCGAAAUCACCGAUGUCAAAUCCGAGACGUUCACAAAGAUCAACGUAAAUGGUCGUGUGCCAGCAAUCGUGGAUCCAAACACUGGUAUCACGCUGUGGGAGUCUGGUGCAAUUAUCUUGUAUCUGAUCGAGGAGUAUGACAAGAAGGGAAAGCUGUCCUACGGGACCUCUUCUGAAAAGUACCUCCUGCAGCAGUGGUUGAUGUUUCAGGUCUCAGGGCAAGGGCCUUAUUUUGGCCAAGCCGUCUGGUUCGCUCGCUACCACCAAGAAAAGAUUCCGAGCGCCAUUACCCGUUAUGCGGACGAGAUUGAGCGAGUUGCUUCGGUCCUCGACACCCAUCUCGCCAAUACGAAGCAGGCUUAUCUCGUGGGAGAGAAAUGCACAUAUGCAGAUCUGUCGUUCGUGCCCUGGGCCAAUCUCGCAAAAGGAUUGUUGAAGGAGCUGGGACAGGAGAAGCGGUUGGACAAGUUUACACAGUACAAUGAGUGGUUGGGCCGUUUGAAUAGCAGGGAGGUCGUCAAGCACUUGAAUGAACAGGUGGAGAAAGGCAGGAAGGAACAUGGGAUGAAUUAGGCCACGCGCCGUGUGCUUGCUAUGCUUCAUCAACGAGGAGAUACCCUCUCGAGCCCAAGAUUUUUCAAAUUCCCAGCCCGACUCCUUGAAGUCUAGAUGCACGAAUCGAGUACUCGUUCGGGGUAGUGGGCCGGCUUGUACGGA